AUGGAGCCUACUAAAGAACCUAGUAAGAUUACCAAAGAUAACUUUUUAGAAGUUCCCAAUUUAUCUGAUUCUUUUUCUGAAGAUGAAGAUGUUACACCUACUUUCAAGCUUGGUUUCUCCCCUCAGCCUACUAGGCGAAGUUCUGAUCCUUUGGAAAAUAUGUACUUGGACACACCAUCUUCAGGUAGGAGAAGAGUUUCAUUUGCUGACAACUUUGGACUCAAUCUUGUGUCUGUCAAAGAAUUUGAUUGCUGGGAAUUUCCAAGUGCUUCAACCAACUUUGACUUUAAAAGGGACAUUUUCAAUACAGAAGAAUAUGUAUUAUCUCCACAAUUUGAAUUGCCUUCUUCAAAAGAGGAUCUUAUGCAACAGCUUCAGACACAGAAAGCAAUUUUGGAAUCGACGGAGUAUUUACCUGGAUCUACAUGCAUGAAAGGAAUUAUUAGAGUUUUGAAUAUUUCUUUUGAGAAGUUAGUAUAUGUGCGCAUGUCCCUAGAUGACUGGCAGACACAUUAUGACAUUUUAGCAGAAUAUGUUCCAAAUUCAUGUGAUGGGGAAACUGACCAAUUCUUCUUUAAGAUUGCAUUAGUUCCACCUUACCAAAAAGAAGGCAAUAAAGUUGAGUUUUGUAUACGAUAUGAAACUUCUGUUGGUACAUUUUGGUCAAAUAAUAAAGGCACAAAUUAUAUACUGGUAUGUCAAAAGAAAGAGCAAGAGCCGAAGCCCAUAAAAUCACAGGAAGAAGUUCCUAGUAGACAAAUAAAAGGCUGCUUAAAGGUAAAACCAAGUAAAGAAGAAUCAUCAGUAGCAUCAGAAGAGAAUAAUUUGGAGAAUUCAAAUAUUACAGAUACCUCUAUCCCAGCAAUUGUUUGUUCUCAUGAAGACAAUGAAGACUUGGAAGCCAGUAAUCAAAAUGUAAAAGAUGUAAACAGGGAACAUGAAGAAGAUAAUGAAAAAGAAUUAGAGUUGAUGAUAAAUCAACAUUUAAUAAGAACCAGAAGAACUGCUUCCAGAGAUAAAAAGAGUACAUUUUCAACAAAUUCAGUCACUUUUCCAAAUAAAGCUGAGGAGCUAGAGAAGAAAGAAGUCUCUGAGAAAACAUGCAUUGACUUGUUUAAAAGACCAAAUUCAUUGGAAGAAAAUUCACUAAAGAGAAAUUUUAACCACAAAGAAAAUGAGAGCAGUCAUCAACCUUCAGAGAAAAUUACUUCAAAUUUGGGAGAAAUCAAACAAUUAAUGGAUGAUACUUGUAGUGAUGAACACGCAAAAAUACAUACCAACACUGAAGACAUUGUGGAUGGUAAUGCUAAUCUAGCAGAAGGGAAUGGUAGCAUGGGAAGACAUUUUUUCCCCGCAAACCAACCAGUGGCGGUCAACUUUAACAAAAAGCAUGAAGGAGAAGCUAAGAAAACAGAAGUCAAGGACUGGGGAUGUUUAGGAAGAGAUUUCCAUUUGAGAGACUCAAUAGGAAAUGGUUCUUCUGAGAAAGCUUGUGGCAAGAGUAAGGAGGAGAAGGAACAAAGAACUUAUUUGGUCAUUAAUGAAAAGCCAAAUGAAAAAUUCCAAGAGCAAAAUAGAAUAACCAGUCACUCUGAAAAAAGUAUAGAAGGGAUUGGUGCCAGUAACCAAGACAUAGCACCUCUUUCAAGGAAAGAUACCACAAUUCCUGUCCAUGCAAUCACAACAGAUAUGUUUCCUUCAUUACGGACAAAUUUAAGUUGGAAAGAAACUCUGUUAAGUUCACAGUGUGAUCUUUUGAGUCAAAAAGGCAGCACUUUAGAAGAGACACCUGAUCAAAUUUGGUCACCAAGCAAUGGAAAUGUUUUGAGAAAUGAUGGUCUUUCCCAAGUUGAAAAGAAAAAAUCAAAUUGGGUUAAGCCUGAUGAUCAGAGUGAGAAUACCCAGCAUGUUCAGAGUUGGAAUGUCCUGGAAAGUCAGGAAAAAACAAAAAUGAGUAAGACAAAUAGAACAGAACAGUUUAAAGAACCAGCAGAUUGUGAAGACAUGUGGGAAAAAAGAGGUACUAGAAGGGAUUUGAAAGCUACUCCUACAGAAGAGUUGUUUACCUGCCAAGAAACAGCAAUCUGUGAACUGUCUCCUCUAGCUGAUCAUGGAGUUACUGAGGAAGCAGAAGCAGGUACAGCUUAUAUAAUUAAGACAACAUCAGAAACUACUCUAGAAAGCAUGUCUGCUAGAGAAAAAGCAAUAAUUGCUAAGCUACCUCAAGAGACAGCACGAAGUGACAGGCUCAUGGAGGUAAAGGAAACAGUGUUUGAUCCGCAUGAAGGGAGAAAUGAUGAUUCACAUUAUACCCUUUGUCAAGGAGAUACAGUACGUGUAAUCUAUGACAAUGAUUUUAAAAAGGAAUCAUGUUUAGGUAUUUGUAAUGUACAUGAUGAUGAAGUAGAGAAGGAAGAAACCAUAUGCAGGUGCCAUCCUGGGACGAUGUAUGACAGGAAGAAAUGUUGCAUUGGAAAUAAAACAUUCAUGGAAGCAACCUUACAGGACAGCACAAAUAAUCAAAAAGCAACCUUAACACCAGAUUUAAACCUGAGAAUGUUACCAACAGACAGAAAUAUAUUAUUUCCAGAAAAUAGAGAUUAUGAACCCCAAGAAUCACCAAAGAAAACAGAUAGAGUUGCUGUUCUUCAUUCUGCUAUUUACUCAGAUAAUAGUAGAGAUUCUCCUAAUGAUUCUUACGACCAUAACAACAUGUCAUUGCCAUCUGAUAAACAGGCAAUGGCGACAGAGAACAUUAUUAGAACCAUGACUCUCCAAUCUAGUUCUAGAAAGGUAGAAUAUAACGGCAAUCCGGCAAAUAAAGUGCAAGUUAUCGAGCAAUAUCAUUCUCCUGGUUCAAAAUCUGAAGGUGUGUUCACAAUUUCAGAAAUAGAGACAUCAAGCAAUAGAAGAGAGAGGUGCAUAGGCAAGACUUGCCAACAAGGAGUCUGCAAUAUGGAACAAUCUCCAGGGCCAAAGAUUUUAAUCACUGGAGCCUUAGAGAACAUGGACAACGUAAAGCAUGAAAAUGAAGAAAUAAUAAAUUCUGGACAAUCACUCUGCUCUUCAAGUGACAAAGAAUCUGAAAGCUCUGUCUCUACAAGUCUCUUUGCCCAGGAAAGUCAAUCUGAAAGCCGUGAAUCACUGCUUUCAAAAUACAUGCACUCUAAAAUAUCUUAUUUUCUUUUGUUUUUGAUCUUUCUUGCAACCAUCUACCACUAUGACUUAAUGAUCGGAUUGGCGUUCUACCUAUUUUCAUUGUACUGGCUAUCGUGGGAAGGAGGGAGACAAAAAGAGUCUGUCAAAAAGAAGUAA